GGUGGAUUGUAAGAACGAGGAGCAGAGGAGGCGCGCCAUAGAGGGAGUGGUGGACAUCACAAAGCUCUGCCUGAUGGAGAUGAACCAGGAGGAACUAGCCGACGCACUGGGGGAAAGAUCUGCUGCUGUCAAGUGCCAACAUGAACUGAAAUCUCAAUUGAAGAAGAAAUUAAAGUGUCUCUCUGAGGGAAUGGCUAAAGCAGGACAGCCAAAAGGUCUGAAUGACUUCUACACAGAGCUCUUCAUCACAGAGAGAGGCAGUGGAGAGGUCAACAAGGAACACGAGGUCAGACUGAUUGAAACAGCUUCCAGGAGACCGGCCAAGGAAGAAACACCAAUAAAAUGUGAAGACAUCUUUAAACCCUUACCUGAUCAAGAUAAACCAAUCAGAACAAUUAUGACAACUGGAGUGGCCGGCAUUGGUAAAACCGUCUUAACUCAAAAGUUCACUCUUGACUGGGCUGAAGACAAAACCAACCACGACAUGCACUUUACAUUUCUCUUAACUUUCAGAGAGCUGAAUUUACUGAAAGGGAAAAAGUUUAGCUUAUUGGAACUUCUUCAUCGCUUCUUUAUUGAGACCAAAGAAGCAGGUAUCUACAGAUUUGACCUCCUCCAAGUUGUCUUCAUCUUGGAUGGUCUGGAUGAGAGUCGACUUCCUCUGGACUUCCAGAACAACCAGACCUGGACUGAUGUCACAAAGCCGACCUCGGUGGACGUGCUGCUGACAAACCUCAUCAGGGGCAACCUGCUUCCCUCCGCUCGCAUCUGGAUAACCACACGCCCUGCAGCAGCCAAUCUGAUCCCUGCUGAGUGUGUUGACAUGGUGACGGAGGUGAGAGGGUUCAACAACCCGCAGAAGGAGGAGUACUUCAGGAAGAUAUUCAGAGAGGAGAAGCUGGCCAGCACAAUCAUCUCCCACGUCAAGAAAUCAAGAAGCCUCCACAUCAUGUGUCACAUCCCAGUCUUCUGUUGGAUCACUGCUACAGUUCUGGAGGACAUCUUCAAAACAUCUAAGAGACGAGAAGAGGUGCCCAAGAACGUGACUCACAUGUACAGCCACUUCCUGAGGGUUCAGUCUAUACAGCGGGGCAGGAAGUAUGAUGGGAGAGCUGAAACAGAUUCACCCUGGAGUUCAAAGAGCAGAGAGAUCAUUGUUUCUCUGGGAAAACUGUCUUUUAACCAGCUGGAGAAAGGCAACCUGAUCUUCUACGAGCCAGACCUGGCAGAGUGUGACAUCAAUAUCAAAUCAGCCUCAGAGUACACAGGAGUGUUCACCCAGAUCUUUAAAGAGGAGGCUGGUCUGUACCAGAACAGGGUGUUUUGCUUUGUCCAUCUGAGCAUUCAGGAGUUUCUGGCUGCUCUUUAUGUCUUUCUGUCCUUCAUCGACACGGGGGUCAAUCUGCUCUCUGAAGAAGCACCAACCUCUGGUGAAGAUAAACUCCUCCACCUCUACCAGCAUGCUGUGGACAAGGCCUUAGAGAGUGAGAACGGACACCUGGACUUGUUCCUCCGCUUCCUCCUGGGCCUCUCUGUGGAGACCAAUCAGAUUGUCCUACGAGGUCUGCUGGGAUGGAAAACAAGAAGAUCACUGAUCAAUGAGGAUACUUACUUCACAUUAGUGUCUUACAUCAAGAGGAAGUUAAAUGGAGAUCUCUCUCCAGAGAGAAGUAUCAACCUGUUCCACUGUCUAAAUGAGCUGAACGACCGUUCUCUAGUGAGGGAGAUCCAGCAGUACCUGAAAUCAGGAAGUCUCUCAAGAGAAUCUCUCUCCCCUGCUCAGUGGUCAGCUCUGGUCUUCAUUCUACUGACAUCAGAAGAGGAGCUGGACGUGUUCGACCUGAAGAAAUACUCUGCCUCAGAGGAGGGUCUUCUGAGGCUGCUGCCAGUAGUCAAAGCCUCCAAAACAUCUCUUUUGAAUGGCUGUAAGCUGUCAGAGAGAUGCUGUGAAGCUCUGGCCUCAGUUCUCAGCUCCAACUCCUCUAGUCUGAGAGAGCUGGACCUGAGUACCAAUGAUCUGCAGGAUUCAGGCGUGAAGCUGCUCUCUGCUGGACUGGGGAGUCCACACUGUACACUGGAAACUCUCAGGUUAAAUGUCUGUGAGCUGUCAGAGAGAUGCUGUGAAGCUCUGGCCUCAGUUCUCAGCUCCAACUCCUCUGGUCUGAGAGAGCUAGACCUGAGUACCAAUGAUCUGCAGGAUUCAGGAUUGAAGCUGCUCUCUGCUGGACUGGGGAGUCCACACUGUACACUGGAAACUCUCAGGUUAAAUGGCUGUAAGCUGUCAGAGAGAUGCUGUGAAGCUCUGGCCUCAGUUCUCAGCUCCAACUCCUCUAGUCUGAGAGAGCUAGACCUGAGUACCAAUGAUCUGCAGGAUUCAGGAGUGAAGCUGCUCUCUAUUGGACUGGGGAGUCCACACUGUACACUGGAAACUCUCAGGUUAGAUGGCUGUAAGCUGUCAGAGAGAUGCUGUGAAGCUCUGGCCUCAGUUCUCAGCUCCAACUCCUCUAGUCUGAGAGAGCUGGACCUGAGAACCAAUGAUCUGCAGGAUUCAGGAGUCAAGCUGCUCUCUGCUGGACUGGGGAGUCCACACUGUACACUGGAAACUCUCAGGUCAGUUAUCAACCUCUUCUUCAAACAGGUUAUUCUAGACUCCAGGGCUGGGUUGCACCAACUGGGCGUAAGCCUGGUCUUAAAGGGGGCCUAUUAUGCUUUUCCGUUUUUUCCUUCUCCUAUUGCGCUUUACAUAUGUUUUGGGGUAUAUAAAUGGUUGGCAAAGUUACAAUACCAGAAAAUUCCCGCAAGGGGGAGUAAAUUACUACCGCAAAUCACUUUUACCGAGCUGCCUAGAAACGGCUCGUUGGGAUUCUCUCCGCGGCUUUCUUUUACUUCCGGUACAUGGUGACGUAAGAAUGUACUUCAUCAAUCAACGUCAUCAAUCAACUUUUGCUGCGUUCCUGGACACGUUGGGGUCGGGGGGCACGGAUC